AAUUAGUUGCUGUAGUCACAGUAUAUCUUCAUGAUGUCUAUAAUAAAUUCCUCUCAACCACCUGCUACCUCCGUGACUAUGCAACACCUGUACCCGGGUGUCUUCCGUCCGCUGUUCUUUCCAGCUCCGGCAGAGUUCACACAGCCCCUGCUGGAUGGAUUCGUGGAUGCGCACGAUGAACUGCUGGAAGAGAACUCCCUGUUCACUCAUUCCACGCGCUCGAGAGAGAUCGGCGUCGACGUCGACGGCACGAUCCGUGAGUUCCGCCGACGUGAAGCCGUUGCGGCUACUGCACAAGGGGAAGAGGGUGGUGAUGGUGAUCGCACGUCGCUGGCGGAAGUGAGGAAGUUGAGACUGCGGUCGAGAAUGCACACCCAAGCUGCGGCACCGCGCGAACAGAUCUUGCGCAAGUCCAAGGAACGCAUGGCGGCGUUUGAGCGCGAGAUCAAAGUGCAGGAAGAGGCCGCGCUGAAGGCGUUUAAGGAGGGGAUUAGAAGGGUUGUCGAGGCUACGCCUAUUGCUGAGUAAAACGAACGAACGGUACAUAUCAUGGUGGGAAUUGAUAAGACCCUAUUCCAUCCAAAAUG